AUGGCGGGGGGCGGGGGCGGCCGGGACGUGACGUCGACGCCGACGUGGGCGGUGGCGGUCGUGUGCUGCGUGAUCGUGCUCGUCUCCGUCGCCAUGGAGCACGGCCUCCACAAGCUCGGCCACUGGUUCCAUACGAGGCAGAAGAAGGCCAUGCGGGAGGCGCUGGAGAAGAUCAAAGCAGAGUUGAUGCUGAUGGGCUUCAUCUCGCUGCUCCUCGCCGUGGGGCAGACGCCCAUCUCCAAGAUAUGUAUCCCCACCAAGGCCGGCAGCAUCAUGCUGCCGUGCAAGGCGCAGAAAGACGACGGCGGCAGUAGCGGCGGCGAUAGCCGCCGGAGGCUCCUCUGGUACCAUGGAUAUGAAUCCGACCAUCGUCGGUUCUUGGCCGGCGCGGCUACGGGCGACGAUUACUGUACCGAACAAGGCAAGGUGUCCCUCAUCUCCACGACUGGCGUCCACCAGCUGCACAUCUUCAUCUUUGUGCUUGCGGUGUUCCAUAUCUCUUACAGCGUCGCCACCAUGGCGUUAGGGCGUCUGAAAAUGAAAAAAUGGAAGAAAUGGGAAGAGGAGACCAACUCGCUGGAAUAUCAAUUCGCAACCGAUCCUUCGCGAUUCCGAUUGACGCACCAGACGUCGUUCGUGAAGCGGCACCUGGGCCUCUCGAGCACUCCCGGAGUCAGAUGGAUUGUGGGAUUCUUCAGGCAGUUCUUCGCGUCGGUGACCAAGGUGGAUUACCUGACCAUGCGGCAAGGAUUCAUCAAUUAUCACAUGUCUCCCAACGCUAAGUUCAAUUUCCAGCAGUACAUCAAGCGGUCCUUGGAGGAUGACUUCAAAGUCGUCGUUGGCAUCAGUCUCCCGCUGUGGUUCGUCGCCAUCUUCACACUCUUCCUCGAUAUCGACGGAAUCGGCACGCUUAUCUGGAUCUCUUUUGUCCCGCUCGUUAUACUCUUGUUGGUUGGGACCAAGCUGGAGGUUGUCAUCAUGGAGAUGGCCAACGAGAUACGGGACAAGGCGACGGUGAUCAAGGGGGCGCCUGCGGUGGAGCCAAGUGACAGGUUCUUCUGGUUCAACCGCCCUGGCUGGGUCCUCUUCCUCAUCCACCUCACGCUCUUCCAGAACGCCUUCCAGAUGGCGCAUUUCGUUUGGACAGUGCUCACCCCAGAAUUGAAGAAAUGCUACCAUGAGCGGAUGGGCCUGACCAUCAUGAAAGUUGUAGUGGGAGUGGCUCUUCAGUUCCUCUGCAGCUACAUCACCUUCCCGCUCUACGCGCUCGUCACACAGAUGGGGUCUCACAUGAAGAAGACCAUCUUCGAGGAGCAGACGGCCAAGGCAGUGAUGAAGUGGCGCAAGACGGCCAAGGACAAGGUGAGGCAGCGGGAGGCGGGAGGCUACCUCGACGGGCUGAUGAGCGCCGACACGACGCCGAGCCACAGCCGCGCGACGUCGCCGAGCCGGGGCAACUCGCCGGUGCACCUGCUCCAAAAGUACAAGGGCCGGUCGGAGGAGCCGCAGAGCGCCCCGUCGUCUCCGGGAAGGGGUCAGGGGCGGGAGCUCGGGGACAUGUACCCGGUGGCCGACCAGCAGCGGCUGCACAGGGCCGCCUCGCCCACCGAGAGGAAGAGGGCCGCCUCGUCCACCGCCAUCGACAUUGACAUCGCUGAUGCCGAUUUUUCGUUUAGCAUGCGGUGA